AUGAGAUCUCACACGAUUCUGCCUAUAUGGCUUCUUUGGCUAACACAGGGACAAGUUUUAGCCCUGCCUCAAGCUCAAGAGAACCCAGCCGAUUCCCUGGAAGACUCAAACGAAGACUUCAAGCGAGAUAUCGAGACAUCUGCUUUUGAGUAUCUAACAACAUACGAUAAGGAGGAUAUUAUUCCUGUGACCGAAACCGUCAAAGUCAGCACCAGCAAGGCGGGAACUACAGCAACAGCUCUUGUUCUCCCUUCUCUCUCAGACGACAUUGAGCCUCAUACCGACGGUUUCAUUGUAACGGAACUCGACAACCCUCUACUUACCAAGGCUGCUGUCCUAAGCACUUCAAUUCCCAGCCCAACGAGUCUGCUCAAACCUCUUAAAACCACAACCAAGAACGCGGAACCCUCUGGUCUAUCCAAAAUGGCUGCUGCUGCCGAUAUUUUCGCUAGCCCCAUCGAUACGGCUGCUCCUCCGUCGAUGUUUGAACGACGGGCUGAUCAUCCGGUUUCGAAAACAGGCAUCAUCUCUCAGACAAGCCCCAUUGGAACCAACAAGUUCUACUCUAACUUUUACCUCGGAAACCAGCAACAACCCGUCUACACUUUCCCCUACUCACUGACAUGGGCAGCUGGAACAGGCCCAGCAGCAAGCUGGGGCAUGGCCAUCUCUCACAUCGACGCGGACAAACGUACAUAUGGCCCGGUUCAAUCUAAUGGCGCCGUGGAAUAUUACAUCAACCCUGUCGGUAUCCAGUCUAUGAUCAUUUCUGCCAAGGAACUCGGCAAGAACACUGUCUUGACUAUGGACUCCAUCACCCCUCACUAUGCCAAAGCUUAUCUGAGAAAAGAUAGCAAGUCUGCUGCCACAAUCAGCUUCCCUCUUUACCAAGGCAGCGUUUUCACAUCUGCUUACUUCAAUGGUGGCACACCUUGGAUCCAGACCGGCGUCUACUUCCGGAGUAUGACUCAAGUGACAAAGGAUCCUAAAUCUGAUGUGCGUAAGUUCAACUUCGUCCUUGAAGAUGGAACCACUUGGCGUCUCUAUGCCUACAAGACCAAGGGUGACCCUCUUACCCUCAAGAUUACCAACAACGGUCUUGCUGCCUCGGCAAAGCCUUUCUACGGACAUAUCCAGAUUGCAAAGGACCCCAAGGUUGGUCAGUCUGAGGCGGUUCUUGACAAUGGCUGCGGCAUCUAUGCAACUGGCAUGUCAAUCAGUGGCAGCAACGUUGGAAAAACUGGCACUUAUUCUUUUAACUGGUCCAGAGGUGGCCACGCGACUGGAAAGCUUUGGAUCUUUGCCCUUCCUCACCAUGUGGCUUCGUUCGAUGCUACGACCAAGAAGGAGAUGAGGACAUACACUCUGCAAACAACGACCAAGGGUUUGGCUACGGCAGUCGGAGGAAACUCGUGGACCAUGGUCGAGCCAGCUUUGCCUGUUGAUAUGGGUUUUGCUCCUUGGGAUCCUUCCAAGGGAAGCCGCGGUCUUUCUGCCAAUGCAAAGAAGAUCAUUGCACCUAUCGCCAACUCCGAGGUUUCGCAAGACAUGGACGAACAGGCUAACACAGAUUCGAUGUACUUUUCUGGCAAGGCUCUGGCCAAGUUCGGUUCUAUCAUCUACGUAAUCAAUAACAUGCUAGGAGACACGGCUCUGGGACAGGCUGGUUUACAGAAGCUCAAAACUGCAUUCACACGUUUUGGCACGAACAAGCAAAACUAUCCGCUCGUCUAUGAUUCUGUCUGGGGUGGAGUUGUUUCGUCCGCAUCCUAUAAGACAGGACAGGCUGGAUCGGAUUUUGGUAACACGUACUACAACGAUCACCAUUUCCACUAUGGUUAUCACGUCCUUGCUGCUGCCUAUAUUGGAUCAAUGGACAGCAGGUGGCUGGCGGCCAACAAGGCGUAUGUCAACUCUCUUGUUCGUGAUUACGCAAACCCUAGCACCAACGACAAGUACUUCCCCCAGUGGCGAAGCUUUGAUUGGUACCACGGCCACAGCUGGGCUCACGGCUUGACUCCCAUGUGGGAUGGCAAGGACCAAGAGUCGAGUUCCGAAGACAUGAUGUCCGUUUACGCUCUGAAGAUGUGGGGUACGGUGAUUAAGGACACCAACUUGGUCGCGAGAGCCAACCUUCAGCUUGCAGUCAUGUCACGAGCCAUGCAACAGUAUUAUUACUAUACCACGACCAACACGGCUCAGCCUAAGAACUUCAUCGGCAACAAGGUCGCAGGUAUUCUUUUUGAAAACAAGGUUCACCACACGACGUGGUUUGAUGCUUCCAUUGAGGCAAUCCAGGGUAUCCACAUGAUCCCCAUCCUCCCUGUGUCGAACCUCGCACGAACCGGGACGUUCGUUCAGCAAGAGUGGGAAACUUAUUUCAACAAGGGCCGCGUUGACAAGUUCAACAACCUCUGGAAGGGCGUUAUCUAUGGCAACUACGCAACGGUCCAGCCUAAGACUACAUGGACUUUCUUGACCCAGUCCAAGUUUGAUCCUAUCUGGAUUGACGGUGGAGCCUCAAGGACGUGGUAUAUGGCAUAUGCCGCAGCUCUGGGUGGUAUUUGA